CAAUGUUUCCGUGAAGGAGAUUUCUUUGAAAGCGAGGAGCCGGAGUCCCGGCGACCGGAAUGGGAUAGCAAUAGAUAAAGCUGGAGAGCAUGGCAGCUCUUCCUCAAAACAACCUCCAGAAACAGCUGGAACUGUUCUCAAAGAGUACUGGGAACAAGCUUUCCCUCCAGAAGCCAAAACCAAGUGUGUUCACCUUUAAAAAGAAGACCUCUCCAGAUGGAUCGUUAUCAAAUACCUUACUUCAGGCAAAGCAACAUACAGCCUUAAAGGAAAAUAAUGUAAAUGUGACACAGGGGAAUUCUCUAACACAGAAUCCCCCUGGUUUACAGAAGCUGAAGGAGCAAGGUGACACAAAUGGAUUCUUCACUCCAGCCUGUGUAAGGCGGCCCGAGCCUUUAUAUAAUCAUAUACCUCUGGAAAGUACACCUGUAAACGGUCAAUGCCUCCGACAAGGAGAAAAAGUUUCCAAGAAAAUAGACUGCAAUAGUUUGAAUCUGAGCAUAGAUGAAUGGGAUGAUAUUAUAGAUUUUGACACCUCUGCUUCUCCAAAGUCACACAUUGGGAAACUUGGCAAAUCAGCACAAAAAUGCACCAAAGCUCAAGUUGUGAAUUGUCCUAAAAACAUUAAUUCUGGGACAUUACAUACCGCAAAGGAUGACUCCACAAAACUUUCUAGUACUUGUUCCACAGGACUUUCUCAAGCACCAAAGUCUUUACCUGCUGAUAAGUCAAAUACUACAGACCAGUCACUGGUUUACUGUGGGUCUGUGAAAAAUAAAACAGGAUGCUUGGAGCAUGAUCCCUCUACUGUUACAGAUGAGUGUAGUCCAGAGGAAUUGGCACAAGUAUUUGUUGCAGAUGAUGAUUGCGAAGCUGAUGUUGUUCCACCAUCUCCCACACACACUCUUGUGUCAUCUCCCCCUGUUUGUAUUGGUACACUAAAGAAAAAGACAGUGUCUUCUGAUACUAUGCAUGUAGUAGAUCAACAGAAAGAACAUGGCCACAGCACUUUUCAAGUUCGGCACAAUGUUUCUCCUCAACUCUGGGCUGUGAUGUUGGAGAUAUGUGACCUAGUUGAUACAAUUUCACUAUCAGAAAUGAGUGCUCUUUCUUGUGGAAAGAAUCUGCAGAAACAGAGGGAUAAACGGAAACUUCUUUUGUCGUCAGCUGAUUCUGUUUUUAAAUCUCCUGCUGUAGAAAGCUCCUAUCCAUCAUCCCCAAAAUGUAAGGUCUCUUCAGACACUUCAGUUUCGUUGUCCAGUAUUCAUAAAGACAGUUCAUCAAAGGGAACAGUAGGGCAGCUAUUUAAGUUCUUCUCCACAAGCCAGCCAAGCAAAAACAAAGUUGGACAAGUCAAUACUUCUCAUCCAAAGCAAUGUGAGACAUCCAUCUCCUUCCAAGCUGGAGAUGUCAGAACAAAGGAUUCCUUCAAAUUCCCAGAUUUUGAUCUCCGUGAUAACACAUGUAUGACACCAAUAAAUGAGAAACCGAGCAGCAUUGGAACACGUGCAAGACCAGCCAUUUCCCCCUUACAACCACUAGACAAUUGUGAACUUGAUUUUGAUAUUGAUAACUUUGACAUUGAAGACUUUGAUGAAGAUGUCCUAUGCAUAGAAAGCUCAACAGCAACUCCUGCUGGUCAUGCUCUUGCUUCACAGCACCCUCCAAUAAAAAAGGCACAAGCAGAUACAAUAAACAAGCCUGGAACUUUAUCUGUAAAACCUUUGGACACACCUUCCCUCUCCAGACUUUCAGAUUCUCUACUAAAGACAGAAGUGAAGAACUCGGCUCAUGAACGUUUUAAAGGAUUCAACUUUCCUCAUUCCAAGGAAAUGAUGAAGAUUUUCCACAAGAAAUUUGGGUUGCAUCGUUUCCGUACUAACCAGCUUGAGGCCAUCAAUGCGUGUUUGUGUGGAGAGGAUUGCUUUAUUCUUAUGCCGACAGGUGGUGGGAAGAGUCUAUGUUACCAGCUGCCAGGCUGUGUAUCCCCUGGAGUUACCAUAGUGAUCUCCCCCCUUCGUUCACUGAUAGUGGAUCAGGUUCAAAAGCUAACCUCUCUGGAUAUUCCUGCUACGUAUCUCACAGGGGAUAAGACCGAUGCAGAAGCUGCUAGCAUAUACUUGCAACUUUCUAAGAAAGAUCCCAUUAUAAAACUUUUAUAUGUUACCCCAGAGAAGGUAUGUGCAAGCACAAGACUUAUCUCUACAAUGCAAAAUCUAUACGAGCGUCAGUUGCUGUCCCGUUUUAUCAUUGAUGAGGCUCAUUGUGUCAGUCAGUGGGGACAUGACUUCCGCCCAGACUACAAGCGACUAAAUAUGCUAAGGCAGAAAUUCCCUUCCACGGCAAUAAUGGCUCUUACAGCCACUGCCAAUCCCCGGGUACAGAAGGAUAUCCUGAACCAGUUAAAGAUGACCAGGCCUCAGAUAUUUUCAAUGAGCUUUAACAGGGACAAUCUUAAAUAUGAAGUCUUGCCCAAAAAACCUAAGAAGGUGGCUCAGGACUGUGUAGAAUGGAUCAAGAAAUACCAUCCCAAUGAGUCUGGAAUAAUUUAUUGCCUGUCACGAAAUGAGUGUGAUACUAUGGCUGACACCUUGCAAAAGGAAGGUUUGGCAGCCCUGGCAUAUCACGCUGGUCUCCGGAACCCGGACAGAGACUAUGUGCAGCAUAAGUGGAUUAAUCAGGAUGACUGUAAGGUGAUCUGUGCAACUAUUGCCUUUGGAAUGGGUAUUGAUAAGCCAGAUGUACGAUAUGUCAUUCAUGCCUCACUACCCAAGUCUGUGGAAGGAUAUUAUCAGGAGUCUGGAAGAGCUGGCCGAGACGGAGAGAUGUCCCAUUGCCUUCUGUUUUACAGCUACAGUGAUGUUACACGGUUACGCCGAAUGAUACAGAUGGAGAAGGAAGGAAACAGCCAAACAAAGCAGACCCAUUUGAACAAUCUCUACAGCAUGGUGCAUUAUUGUGAGAAUGUGCAGGAGUGUCGGAGGCUGCAGCUUUUAGCUUACUUUGGAGAAACCAGCUUCAAUCCAAACUUCUGUAAAGAGCACCCAAGGGUGGCAUGUGACAACUGCAGCAUGGCAAAGGAAUACAAAUCAAGAGAUGUGUCAGAAGAUGUAAAGCCCAUUAUCAGGUUUGUCCAAAAUCACUGCUCCUCUCUACAAGGUAGAGGCAGGAAUGCUACCAACCGCUUGACCCUCAACAUGAUGGUGGAUAUAUUUCUUGGGAGUAAAUCUGCAAAGGUACAGACAGACCUCUUUGGCAAAGGAGCUGCCUAUUCACGACACAAUGCUGAACGCUUGUUCCGUAAACUUGUUCUGGAUAGAAUCUUGGAUGAAGAGCUGUUCAUUACAGCACAUGAACAGGCAGUGGCAUAUGUAAAAGUAGGAGAGCGGGCUCAGGCAGUACUGAAUGGAUUUAGUAAGGUGGAGUUCCAAGACACAGAGAGUUCCAGCAGCAGCUUACGUAAGCAAAAGUCAGUGGUUGUGGUGAACACAUCUAAGAGGGAAGAAAUGGUGAAUAAAUGCCAGGAAGAGGUUACUGAACUCUGUAAGCGUCUGGGCAAAAUAUUUGGCGUACAUUACUUCAAUAUCUUCAACACGGGCACUAUAAGGCGGAUUGCAGAGUCCUUAUCUUCUGAGCCAGAUGUGUUACUGCAGAUUGAUGGAGUUACAGAAGACAAACUGGAGAAAUAUGGAGCUGAGCUUGUGGAGGUUCUCCAGAAGUACUCUGAAUGGACCCUUCCAGCUGAAGAUAUUCCCCAGAAGACCACACAGAGCACAUCAAGGAGGGUUUGGAGUGAUGAUGAUGAUGGUGGAGGAAGAAGUGAAACUUCUUCAUACUUCAACUCUAAAGGUACAAAGAGAAAGAAUGCCCCAUACUUUAGGAAGUCUAAGAAAAGAAAGACGGGAGGAGAGGGCCAACAGUCUCGAGCCAAAAGCACCACUUCAAACAGGAACAAUUCAUUUAAUGGAUCUUACAACGGAACAAAGCCAGUAGCAGUGAAAAGACCUGGGUUUAUGGCACCCCCGAUGCCUCAGAACAAUCGCCGUUUUCUAAAACCUGCUUAUUCCUUGUUAUAGCAUUGCAUAUUUUCC